GUGAUCGCUGUCCGCAGACCUCCCACCAUCGAGGAGGAAUGUGGCAUCGGCCGCGUACCCUGUCUCUUUGUAUUUUCGAGAUCUUGGCAGAGCACGUGUGUGUACAUGAUUACGCCUCAGGAGUACAAUACCUACUUCGCCACAGUCCAUCUGCUUGCGUAUGCAGGCUCUACUCAUCGAAAAAUUCCUUGAUAAUUGCCCCUGGCGUUCAAGCUUCCCAUGUUCCGAUCGUUUCUGGGUUGCUACGCAUGUUCGCUUCGUGCUCUUGGAAGGAUACCUGCGAGCCAGCGCCCACUGACCCUGGCCCAGUAUAAUCUCUCUGAUAAUGCCAACGCCAUGUGGGCUAACUUCCCGACCCAAAUCCGUCUCUACGAGAGCUCCAUUCCCAUUGAAAAAAUCGACCCCACC